AUGGCUGACCCUUGGGAUGAAUGGACGUUGCUGAGCAUCGAUGGAGGCGGGGUCAGAGGCUUCGCAAGCCUGUUGUUCUUAAAGGCUCUAAUGCGAGAAAUUGCGAGAGUGGAAGAAAAUGAUUUCCUGCUGAGCAGUAUCCUUCAAGACACUCCCGGCGCCGAUACAAAACCAGGAUCUUCUAGUUUCUAUCCUUGUGACGCUGUACUCCCGUCUGGAGACCCUCAGAAUUCUCCAUAUUUACCAUGCCAUUAUUUUGAUUUCAUCGUGGGAUCCGGCACUGGAGGACUGAUUGCCCUUAUGUUGGGAAGACUUCGCAUGACAGCGUAUGAUGCCUGUGAGCAAUAUAUACGCUUUGCAAACCGGGUAUAUGGGCGACCUAGAACUUUCCAUUGCCGACGACUCCCACCGCUCUGGGCUCAAGAAACGAAAUAUAACACCUACAGCCUUGACGCUACAAUCAGAGAGAUUUCCAACGCCUACGAUUCUGACGCGCAUGUAGGAUUAAAGCACACCCCGUUGGCAGCACCAUCGGAUAUUUGCAAAACUAUUGUCACCGCCUGUGGAAAACGUACGAAAUCUAGUCGGGAGAAAACAUAUUUGUUUCGAAGCUACAAUCAUUUUGCUAACAAAGAGACUGGUUCGUCUCACCGUAAUCCGAGUGCAGCUAGUGGAGAUGCUAUUUGGGAGGUCGGACACGCAACUAUGGCAGCGCCCUCGUACUUUGAAAAGCUCGAGAUCGAAAAUUUGACCUUCAAACAUGGAGGGAUGCGUGUAAACAAUGCAACCGAAGAUGUACUUGAUGAAUUGCAAGUUUUAGAGUCAGCUCAGAAGCCCGGUGUGGUGGUGAGCUUAGGAACUGGCGCCAGACACCACACAUCAAUCGGAAAUGGACGUAUCGCCGACCUUUUUGCGAGUUUUACUGGAUUCUUCGCAAGUAUGGUCGACACAGACAAGGUCCACAAAAGGGUUAAACGUCGACCAGAGUUAGCCGAUUGCUAUUUCCGCUUCAAUGACCGCUCCAGGGAUUGGAAUGGUGUGAUUAUGGACCAGUGGAUCCCGACCUACGAGAGUGAACGAAAACGAGAGCCGGGGCAGAUAACGAUGGACCGAAUGGCCAACAUUGUAGCGAAAUACCUUGAAAGCGGCGGCCAGGAAGAAAUGGCGAAAUGCGCCGAGCAAUUGGUCAGAUUUCGCCGACGAAGAUUGUCAGCCAAUCCUGACCGGUGGGAGCGAUUUGCCUCGGUGUCUACAUUUACCUGUCCAGAAUGCCCCAAUAUCGACUCGUUUACCAACCGGAGCGAAUUCAAAAACCAUAUCGAGCAGAGCUUUCAUAAAUCGGCUAGUUUCACCCUUGAUAAUUCCAGACAAGCUUGGUCAUAUCAUGAACGGAGGAGAUCAUCCUUGAAAAUCCCUGAUCCCUAUAUAGGUUCGAAUGAGUACGACGUGCAAUGGGUGGGAGAGCAGAAAUGGGAAUACCGAACCAUCUUUUCUCAUGGAAAUUGUAAUGCGGAAGCCGCCGUUAAAUAUGUGCUCCGUUUUAACGACUUGGAAACUCUUGCAACCGUGUCUCUCAAUUAA